GUUUGGAUUCCCUUCUUCCCGCAAUUUGUUCCCGAGUCCCGCGCUUUUUAACUCCCUCUGAUCUUCUUCGCCUUUCAGCUAGCCUUCCAUUUUCAAACCCCACGAUUCCAAUCUUUCUUCUUCUCUCAAACAAAAAAUAUAAUAAUGCCUUGUGUCGCCUCAGAAGAACCCCUCCUCUCCCCAAACCCAUCCCGCUUCUGUAUGUUCCCAAUCCAAUACCCUGAGAUUUGGGAGAUGUACAAGAAAGCCGAGGCCUCUUUCUGGACUGCUGAAGAAGUGGAUCUUUCUCAGGACCUCAAUCACUGGGAUACCCUCACUCCCGACGAGAAAUACUUCAUUAAGCACGUGCUUGCUUUCUUUGCCGCCUCCGACGGCAUUGUUUUAGAGAACCUAGCCUGCCGGUUCAUGAAAGAGGUCCAGGUCUCCGAGGCUCGUGCGUUCUACAUUGAGUUUGUGGCGGAUAGGUUGCUGGGUGCAUUGGGAUAUCACAAAAUCUACAAUGCCCAAAAUCCCUCCGAUUGGAUGGAGCUGAUUAGCUUGCAAGGGAAGAAGGCCAAUUUCUUUGAGAAGAGAGUAGGAGAAUACCAAAAGGCCUCUGUCAUGUCUAGCUUUAAGUGGAAAUAAUAGUGCAAUCCAUGAGUUCAAGACCGACGAAGACUUUUGACCACACAACAACUAACCUCAAAACUCAAACAACCAACGGACCCCGCCUUGUCUCCACUAUUUAUAAUGUUUCUUCCUCUCUUUUUUUUUUCUACAACUGCCACCC